UGAUUAGCUAGCUAGCCAGUUAAUUGUUAGCCAGGACUCGCGCAGCAGUCAGCUCGAGCUGUUGCUGCUGACUCAUCACCAAGAUGUCUGUCCUCCUCCAGGCACACUCCUCCACAAUUAMCCCCAAAAUGCAGAUAACUCACAAACUUUUUCUGCUAGAAAACGCCCGAAAUAAGUUGGAGCAAGAGCUUCGCAACUUCACAGACCAGGCGUAUCAAGAUGCUCACAAUGUCCUCAAUUCUUCGCUUCCUACCUGUGUUUUAAUCGAUCUAACAAAUAAUUUGGACGCAAAGUGUCAAGAAAUGAGGAAGCUUUCAGCUUUAUUAAAGGACCUUAUUGUUGAACACAAAUUUUGUGUCCAGCCUCCUGCCAAAACAAACUCCUUUCAGCCGUUUGAAGUCAACGGGAGUUCGAGGAUGGGCGUCAUUAAGUUUGGGUCGUUGUUGCAGAACUUCCUUAUGUCGAGCUCCAUGUCAAAAGCUGUGCAUGUGCUCGGAGCCGCUUUGUCCUGUCGGCAGCUGAAACUUCCCUUCAGCUCCCAGCCUGUGGUAGUGCAGCAGGCUGACAUGUCAGGGGUGUCGUCCAGCUUCAACAUUACAUUCACCACAAGCUCCUCCUCUGAUUUAAAGCCAGCAGAACUGUCUGUUUUAGAAGAAAAGAGCCAGCCAGACUCUGUUUGCRUCCCUCCUGCCAUUACUCAGAGCUGCAGGAUCAAUGAGGAGAAGUUAAACAUGCUACCGCCUCCUGUCCAAGUUGUGUUCCCGGAGAUCAAUAACCGUAAGCCGCUAACAAUCUGGGAACGUGACGAUGACGUCCAGGUUCAACACCAAAAACAAACCUCCUCGCAGCUGCUGCACUUCCUCAGAGUAAAAGCCAAAAACGAGGGUGCACUCGAGGUCAACGUUUUGGAGUGGACUAAAAGUAAACCUGAGGCAAACAAUCCCAGUUCGCCCGAGCGGAUGUCACCUACUGUCAAAACACAAAGCCACCAGUUCAGACAUGUUGUGACUGAUGAUCCGGUGGGUGAACUUCCUCCAGCGUCGUCGCACGCGAGCAUUGAAAGCCAAGCUCCCGUCUUCAGAGUGAAAAGAGUCAAGUCAGGCGGAUAUUUGAUCUACAGUUGUGUGAUUGCAACAGAAACGGAAUUAUGGGAUGUUGGGGACGUCUUCACGAAGGUGUUAGAGCUGGACUCUGUGCAUAUGAACUUGGAAAGUAAAAAAUGGCAAAAUACCAUAACUUACGCAGAGAACCAACCAGACACAGAGUGGACUUCUCACACCCUGCAGUGCACAGAGCCUGAUCCAAACAACAGCCCUGCUUGUUCAGAAACGCUGCUGCCUAAAACUGUAAACAUCCCCGAGUUCCAGAUCCGCAGGUUUGAAGAGACUGAGGUGGUGGUGUCUCACGUUGUCAGCCCUGGCAGCUUCUACAUCCAAAAUGCUGACAGUCUGGAGAAGCUGCAGGCACUUUUCACAGGCACUUGUAAAGCCAUUCGUACGUAUGCUGAGCAGAACUGCAUUCCAGACCUUGGAGCUCACGUAAUGGGCUGUUUUCCUCAUGAAGACCGAUGGUACAGAGCUCAGGUGACGAAAAUUUGCGGAGUGAGCCAAGAUAACAGUGAUGUGAGUGGUGCUGGGGGGAAAACCUCCAUAAAGGUGGAGGUGAAGAGGCUGGACUAUGGUGACACUUCCUGUCUGUCACUCUGGAGCAUGAAGGAACUCACCCCAGAAAUGGCUGCUCUGCCUCUUCAAGCUCUGCAGGUUUCACUGGCAAAUGUGAGGCCUAUUAAUGGGAGCCACUGGUCUGACGAGGCAGUGGGUUGGUUCAGAGCAAUGGUCCACAACAGGACACUUUAUGCCAGAUUUUACCCACAGGGGCCCACCGUCACCGUCGAACUAUUCCUGGAAAAGGGGAAGUUAGGAGCUAUGAGGAGGGGUGCAUCGCUCUCUUUAAGACUAGCCCAAAAUGGACACGCGAAGCAUGACAAACUCAAGAAUUCUACCAUAAGUAAAAAAAGUGCUGUUCAAGAUUCUGACUGGGGAAAAUAUCUCAUCUCAUGCUACGCUCGAAAUAAAAUGUAAUACAAAAAGCA